CCCCGUGAGCAAACCGCCCUCAUGGCCGCUGCUUCCCCCGUGAGGCUCCGCUUCUCGCUCUGCUCCAGCGGCUGCAGGAGAAGCCACGGCUGUCAGAUGUGAGGAUCCUGCACGAGGAACCCGCCACAGAGAUGCCUCCAGCCCUCAGGGGUCUGACUGCAAGCCAUGCUUACGGGAAUUCACUGACCACCACAGCCCUGCCUUGGAGUAUCCCACCCCCAAAAGCUUCCUCCCAUCCCUGAUUGCUGAGGAUGAUUCCUUCUGCACCAGCAUGGCUGAAGAGAAGGAGGACUCAUCUUCCACAGAGCUGGAUGUGCCAGCAGCAGACUUGCACAGCAGCACGGAGGAUCUCCUCUCAGACUCUGCUCUCCAAGGCACAGAGUAUUACAAAGAUCUGGGACUCCUGAGCCUGCCGUCUGCCAAAACAGCACCAGACACAGCAGCACAGCCAGAACAAGGAUCCCAGACUGUGUCUGCCCUUCCCUCAUUGGAAGAGAGACCAAGGGCUGUGAGCAAACUGUCUGUGGAUGUUGCUUUUUCCAAUCCCGUUUCCUGCUCGGUACGUUAUGGCGAGGCCGACUGUCGUUUUCUGAACAAAGGCCACCUGUGCUCCUGUGCAGCCAUGCCAGAGGGUGGUACCAGCACUUCUGAGCAUCCUGCAGAGGCAGACAACGAGCUGGACCUGCAGGAGGCCCAGGAUUCCUUCCCCACGCUGGUGAGAUCGAUGUCCACGUCCCGCAGGCACAGCUGGGAGAGCCCGGUGUCACCUGUGGACUGCAGACGCAGGUUCAGCCUGGAUGUGACAGAGCUGGGCAGUGACCCAGAGCAGGACGAUGUGGAGAAGAGGAGCCAGUCCUGCCUGCAGCCUCAAGCGUCCCUCCAGCUGCCCAGAGGGGAGCGGGGAGCCUGGAGCAGCAGCCGGGGUGGCACAGUGAUCAAAGUGGAGAUAGAGCCGCUGCGCCCAGACCUCGUGGCCACCCCCAGCCUGCAGGAGGUGAAAUGUGUCAGCAACGGGAAGAGACUGAGGUCCAAGUCUGUCCCAUCAGCCUGUGAGACCAUUGCCUCCCCCCAGAUACCUCACAGUUUCAACACUUCUCUUCCAGCUGUGGAAGGUGUUGAACCCCCUGCUCUGGAGAUGCUGGAGAAGGACCACGUGUCCCCAGACCACGUGCUAAUUGUCCAGAAGGUACUUCAGGAGCUGAAACAUUACCAUGGGGCGAAGCAGAGGGCUUGUGUGCAAGAAGGCAGCGAUUCCUCCCAGCAGAACCUCACUUGGUUUGAGUUCCUGUCUAAUGAAAAUGAGGACAGUGGGAAGAGCGAUAAAGCAGAGAAAGGCACAAAGGUGAUGCGACGUCUGAGUUCCCUGAGGAGCCGUGUCACUGGAUCCUGGCAGAAGGAUAAGGGUAAGAACAAAGAGCAGCUCAAGGACAGAGAGAAGGAGAAAGAGACAAAGGAGACAAAAGAGAGGUGUAAAGAUAUCAAUGGGCACCAGCUUGUGCCAGGAGUUUUCUCCAGUUGCACCAGCUGCUCACUGUGUGCCAAACCUCUUGGGAAUAAAAGUGGUCUGCAGUGCCUGAAUUGUGCAGUGAAUGUCCACAAGAACUGCAAGAAUUUGCUGACUGAAUGCAGCAGCAUCAGACCCAAGCAGAAAGAUUUGCAGCACAGACCUUCUGGAUCUCCACAAAGUUCGCCCCAGUGCAUUUCCCCAGCCACUUCUCUGAAGGAGCAGCCCCGAAGUCUCCUCCUGGGAGCAGAUGGCACCCCAGCACUGUCCCGCAACCUCGGGAUGACUAUCGCCCAAAGGGGACAUUCCCAGCCUUCACUGAACACUGCUGGAGCUGUUAACAAAUUUGGGCUAAUUUCAGGAGACAUGGAUGAAGGGGAUUCAGGCUUUGUAAAAUUUAAGCAGACUUCAGAUGACGUUAUCUCGCUUGCACCUUCAACAACAGACUCCAUUUUUCUGGAAGAUGCAUAUUCUGUGUCCCUCCGGAGUGAAAUAGAAACAGAUGCUCAUGAGUUUGAGGCAGAGUCUUGGAGUCUUGCAGUGGAACAGCCUUAUGCAAAAAGGCAAAGGAAAGAUGUUAUAAAAAGGCAAGAUGUCAUUUAUGAACUAAUGCAGACUGAAAUGCACCACGUUAGGACACUGAAAAUAAUGCUGAAGGUGUACUCCAGAGCCAUGAGAGAGGAGCUGCAGUUCUCACAUGCAGUUAUCAACAAGCUCUUUCCCUGUGUGGAUGAGCUGCUGGAGAUGCACGGGCAGUUCCUGCUCCAGCUGAAGGAGAGACGGAAGGAAUCCUUGGAAGAGGGCAGUGACCGAAAUUAUAUAAUCCAGAACAUUGGAGACCUCUUGGUAAAACAGUUUUCAGGUGAAAAUGGGGAGAGAAUGAAAGAAAAAUAUGGUGUGUUCUGUUGUGGACACAAUGAAGCUGUCAGCCAUUACAAAGACCUGCUCCAAAGCAAUAAAAAGUUCCAAAACUUAAUAAAGAAAAUUGGGAACUGCUCCAUUGUGAGGAGGUUGGGAGUUCAGGAGUGCAUCCUCCUGGUCACCCAGCGCAUCACCAAGUACCCAGUGCUGCUGGAGAGGAUCAUCCAGAACACAGAAGCUGGAACUAGAGAUUAUGAAGACCUGACCCAGGCCCUUGGUUUGAUUAAGGACACCAUCAGCCAUGUAGAUGCCAUGGUAAACGAGUGUGAGAAGGGGCAGCGACUCAAGGAGAUCAUGCACAAAAUGGAGCUGAAAUCAUCUGGGAAAUGCAAGAAUGGGCUUUUGUUCAGGAAGGAUGACAUGGGCCAGAGGAGGCUCCUCCUGGAUGGGAUGCUGUACUGGAAAGCUGCGUCAGGGAGGCUCAAAGAUAUUCUGGCAGUCCUGCUCACUGAUGUACUGUUGCUCUUACAAGAAAAGGACCAAAAAUACACAUUUGCAUCUGUGGACUCUAAGCCACCAGUUAUCUCACUGCAAAAAUUGAUUGUGAGAGAGGUAGCUAAUGAGGAAAAGGCAAUGUUCUUAAUUAGUGCUUCCUUAAAAGGACCAGAAAUGUAUGAAAUUCACACCAGCUCCAAAGAGGAGAGGAAUUCCUGGAUGGCACACAUCCGCAGGGCUGUGGAGAGCUGUCCUGAUGAGGAAGGAGGUUCAUUUAAUGAACCUGAGGCAGAGAGGAGACUGGCUGAAGCAAGAGCUGCAAAGUUAAAAGAUUUUCAAGAGCGUUUGAACAUGAAAGAUGACCUGAUUCUGCAGAGUCUCACUGAGAAACAACAGAUUUAUCUGGAAAUGUCUGAGGUGAAUGGCUUUGAAGACCAUUCCCAAGGAUCCCGAGCCAGGCUGCUCCUUCGGGGGGAUAUCUCAGAGAAUCUGCAAGGAGAGGCAAUUCUGAAAUCUGCAGUGACUGAAGCUGAGAAUCUCCAGGAGUUUAUCUUCACUCACUUUGGCAGUGCAUCCUGUCAGCCUGAGGAUGGCUCAGGACUCCCCCGGAGAGCAGAGACCUUUGGAGGAUAUGACAGUAGUCCCUCAAUUUCAAGUAAAAGUGGCAGGAAGAGCAGUGGUGGUGACCAGAGGCAGUGGGACUGGAGGGGCCCUGCACUGAGUUCAGAUGUGCAACUCCAUGACCCCUGUUCUGAUGCAGAAGAAGGAUCUCAAACUAGUGAUGGGACAAGGCUGGAUGACAGCAGUGGUGCUCAGCCCACCGUAGAGUCUCAGCUUGUCCAUAGGAUACAGACACUGUUGCAGUUGCUCUUCAGUCUUCAGGCUGUGAUAUCUCAGCAGGACAGCUACAUCGAGGUGCAGCGCGCCACCAUGGCAGACCGGGAGAAGCAGUACCGGCUGCAGUCCACCCGGGGCAACCUGCUGCUGGAGCAGGAGAAGCAGAGGAACUUUGAAAAGCAGAGGGAAGAACUGAUGAACGUCCAGAAGCUCCAGAGCCAGCUGAAGCUGGAGCAGCAGCGCCUGGAGCGGGAGAAGAGCCGGCAGCAGAGGGAGUUUGAGCUGAAGGAAGCGCAGCUGCAGGAGCGCGCCGAGGAGAUGCGGCAGCUGCGGGAGAGGCUGAGCCAGGACAGGGAAGAGCUGGAGAGGCAGAGGGAGGCCUACCAGCACGACCUGGAGAGGCUGAGGGAGGCCCAGAGAGCUGUGGAGAAGGAGAGGGAGCGCCUGGAUCAGCAAAAGAAGCUGAAGAAGCAGAACACGGUGUCAGGCACCUUCUCCCCAGAAAUGGGCCAGAGCCAGAUGAUCAGUCACUCCAUCAGCUUCAAUGGAGAAGGGGUGGAACCCUCUGCAGCUGGCUCCAAAGCCUCAGUGAGGGUGAGCUCAGUGGCCGGGCUGGAGUUCCUGGAGCGGCCGGAGCUGGCGCGCAGGGACAGCACCACCCUGGAGACCCGGCCCUCCCUCAAGAACGAAGUGCCAAUCCAUCUCCUGAGUGCAACCAACCAGAUCCAGAAACCAGCUGCAGUCCAGCAGCAGAUCCCCACCAAGCUGGCCACCUUCACCAAAGGAAGCAAGGAGAAAGGUGGCAAGAGCAAAGCAUCUCAUAGGACAGACAGUUCGGCCUCUGUUGAUCAGAAGCAGCUGCUUCCCCCCAGGCUUGCAGGACGAGAGGAGGCUGUGCUGAGAGGCAGGAGGUCAGCGAGCCCAUCCCUCCCAAGCAGCCAGAGCUCUGCAUUCCAGCCAGAACUGUAUGGCCCUACAGAUGCUCAGCCAGAAGCACUUUCAUCUGCCUCAGCGACCCUCUUCAAGCCCAACAACGUUCAGGUUCAGCCCCUGGUGCCCUCUCAGCCCAAUCUGUUGAAUGUGCAAGAUGAUACCAGCAAAGAAGAUGUCAUUUUCUUCUAAUUGUUUGCAUUUGAAGAUGAAUCACCUGCCACACUGGUUCAAGAACUCAGGCCCCAGUGUGCACGGUGGUGGAGACCCCACAUGGAUGGAUGUCUUCUGAUCCCUGCCCAGUUACUACAAGCAAGGACCAGACCAGGAUUCCUGUCCUGCUUUGAGGGCACAGUAGUAACAAUUUGCUUUUAAAUUCUCCAGUCUGUUGACACAUGGCAUGGCUAUAUCAAUUCAGAGCAUGUUAAAAUUCUGACAUUUAUUGUAAUGUGCUCUUUUUUGGAGAAUGUAACUGCUCAUGGGCACCAUCUUGUAAAUUGUUAUCGGUGACGUUGAACCACCCAGAUUUUUAUGUAAAAAAAGUUUUAGUAGUAGGCCCCAAAAUGGCUGCAAAUUUUUAAAUCUGUUUUCCCAGGUCCAGGUCAGUAAUGGGUUGUGUGUUGGUAAGCAGGUGGCAGCAAGCCAGUCCCCUCCCUGCCAGGUGUGCCAGGCACUGUGAACCCAGUGGUACAAGCCCUGUGGCCAGGGACAGUGGAACAGAAGGUAAGGUGAGCUUCUGACAGCAUCCUCAAGGGGCAGGAGCUCCACCUGUUUGUGGAGGAGAAGGGUUGGACGUGUGAGAAUUCACAGUGAGGAUGAAGAGUUGGACUGAAUGCACAUUUCAUUGGCCACCAGCAUCACUGGGAUCUGUCUCCCUGUUGGGGACAGCAGAACAGGUUCCCAGGCAAACUCCUGAGUUGGUUCAGAAUGAACUUAGAGACUUGGAUUUUGUUCUUUGCUGAAGACAUGUCUAAGAAGUGUUCAAAUGCAGUAAUUUAUUGUCUUGUUUAAUCCUGUUUUCUGCAUCCUUUGUUUGUCUGUUAAUUUGUUGGGACUUUACUCCCAGUACCAGAAGAUAUCAAAGCUGCUGUUGCUGCGAGGCUUCUCUGCAGCAUCAUGUUAGGAAUGAAGGGAAUAAGAACUGUUUGGUUUUAAAAUUAAAAAUAAUUAUAAUAAAAAAGUACUCUUAGCUAAACCUGUGUUUAGCUGCUUUCAGCUAAACCAGCUUUGAUACCUCUUGUGAAAUGGGUCAGUUCUUGAUCAUGGAAUGGUGGUGACAUUAAGUGUUCUGCUCAAAAAGGCAUUAUUUCCCUUUGUAGUAAUUUGCACAGUCAGUUUGUGUUGUGUCUUUCACUCUGUGUCCCAGAUUCUUUUCCCACCCUCACCCAAGGAUGUGUGUUCUGGUGUGUGUUGAGUGUGACUGGUCAGAUAAUGAUGCACAGGAGAGAUUGUUACAGAAUUAAAGGAAUCAGGAUCUCAAAGCUUAAAAUCUUGGAUUAAUACCUGUCAGGACAUGAUUGAUAAUAGCUUUUUUAAAUACCUUUAACUGAUUUAAAGUGAUUUUAGGAGCAGUGGAUGGAAGGUCUGGUCAGUUCUCCAUGCAGUCUCAUGGCAAUGGAUCCAGUGGUGUUUGCCAGUCCCUGUGAUUAGGCCCUGUGUGAUGUUAAUAAUGUCUUUAAGGCCAUAAAUUCUCUUUGCUUCAGAGUUUUAAAAUUAUUUCAGUAGUUACAGUGAAAGAAACUUUAUCAGUUUUUAGCAGAAAACAGCAGCAGUUUAUAUUUUCAAGUGGUGACAAUUUGGGUUAUUGCCUUCAGACAAGAAAUUGAAGAAAGAGAAAAGAUAAGCUACAAAAUUCUGAAUAAAGUCUUGGGGACAAGCACUCAUGCUGGAACAGUUCUUGGAUUUAAGGGUCUUUUUCUUUGCUGAGUGGUGCUGGUACAAACCUGAGUUCAGUGAGAGGAAACUCCAAACUGAAUGGCUCAUUACAGGAUUGGGGGUGCUCCGCCAGCCCCCAAGAAGUGAAAUUGGACACAUUUGGCUUUAAUACCAGAGGACUGCUUGGUAAAUCAGCAGAACCUGGAGUGAUUGUCUGCAGGAAACAGAGUGGGACUGCUCCACUGGUGAUUUGGUGGUGUUGUUAUCUUUGGUGAUAAGAGCAGAGUUCCACUCCUUAUUCAGUUUUUACAUCCCAAAAGCUAGUUUGGAAUGGAGGGGAAUUCUUAAAAUCAGUGUAACUCCUGGUCCAUGCAGCAGUGUGGGAUCCUGCAGCUCUGUAGGACUGGCACUGAUUUUUCCACUGGGUAAUUUAAUUGUGCAGACUCUGGCCCCCUGUAAUUUCCCCUGGAAGCUCACAGGGAUGUUCCCUCCUUCGUGCUGUGGUUUGGGCCACUCCUAGUGAAAACUCAAUGCCCCCACUGCCUUAAAUUACCAGGUUUUUAGGAGUUUUAGCCCAAAGCUAAGUUGCAUCAGUGGAGUAAAUCACCUCAGCCAAAAAGGGAUGUCAGUUUGGGUGCUUGGAAGCAAAUUUUGGAAACAUUUAUUUAGAUUUAUUUUGUGCCUGUCCAAAAGUAUGGGAGGGAGUGUUGGAAGGGUUUGAGGAGCUCAUUGGCUGCUUUCUCCUUCUGUGCAAUGAACAAAUUUGAAUAUAGAACAGUGACAUGUGCAAAAUAAAGUCUGCAGUGAGGUCCUGUUUAUUUUAAUAUUUUAUCUUUAACAUUCACUUUUUGAAUACUUCUUGUCAGCAGUGCUUGAAAUAAGUUUUGGCUGUUAACAAAGGGACCCAGGCCUGUGGCAGGCCAGGCUGUUGGCUCAAACUCCAAAAGCCCCUUGGAAUAUGGGACCUUAGAAGUCAUUCUCUGUCCUCAGUGCACAUGUCUGGCUGCAGCUCCUUUGUGAAACCUGUUUGCACCCUGAGAUGGUGGCUUCUGUCACUUGGCUCAGCCUGGAGAAGGUUUGGGAAUCAGCAGGUGCUGUGAUACCUCAUUGCUGCCAGAGUGUGGGCAGGGAUCCGUGCAAGGCUGAGGGAAGCAAGUGAAUUAUUUUCUUUUAAUGAAUCAUGGGUCUCUUCACUUGUGCAAAGCUGAAUCUGUGAAAUUGUUAACAAAUCACUCCAGUUGAGUGAAAUGGUUUUGGACUCUUCACUCAAAUCUUCUUCCUAGAAAAAGAACUCUUCUAGGUGAGUUAGUUUGCAAAGUACUGCUGUGUCCUGGGCUCAGUAACCUGCUAUUGAUUCUGAGUUACAUCCUUCCUAUUGGACUUUUUGAUCACUUCAGCUAAAACUUUCCUUUUAAGUGAUUUCUGAGGAUUAGACAGUUCAAAAUUCUGUGCCUCCCAGGUGCCUCUUGGCUUCUUUCUGAGCUGGGGUGUGGAGGAAAUGCCAGCACGAGCUUUGAACUGCCGCCCUGUUUGCUUGGUGUCCCAGCCUUAAAAUUUAUCAGCAUGUUUGUCCUUCAGUAUUGUGAUGUUGCAAUGUAGAGGCUGUUUCUGUGGUUCUGAUUUCAAUUUGAACUCUGGUGUUAAGGAGGCUUCCUCUUCCUCUUCCCCUCUGGAACGUGGCUCCGGGCUGAGGAUGCCUCCAUGGCCACUAGUGCUGAGCACAGCUGCCCUGUGUGUGUUGUGGAUGCUUCCCUGGUUUUUAUCUGUGCUGUCUGUGGAUUGUGGCUGUGGCAUGUCCCACGAGUUGAGAUCGCUGCUCAUCCCCCAGCGUGAGGCAGAAGAUUUGGUGUUCCUAGAGACGCUUGCUCACCCAGGUACUCGCCUUCCUGCACAGCUAGGAGUCAUUCUAAAUCAUUUGCAGGCAGUUUUGUCUUUCUGAGUAGUGGUCAGAUGAUUCUGCAUACAUGGAGCUUGGUGUUUGUCAUUUGCAUUUACAAUGAGAGUCGAAACUUAAACUAGGAAAGGAUUAAAAAAUACUUCUUGCAUUUUACUUCUAACUCUGCGGAAUGGGAGCCGAGGCUCCCCGGUGCUGCUCAGUGGAGUCCCUGUGUGUUGUGCCCCCCAUGCAAGGGAGUUUGGAGAUUUUGUUGUCUUCCCCAGCAGUUCUCACAUUUACCAGGAAACAGAUCUGCAUGCCAGGUUACACAAGUGCUGUAGGCAAAGCAAAGCCUUCCCCCUGCUCUCUCUUCGAGACCAGACCCAACAUCUUCGUAACCACUGGCGACUUCAUCAUCCUCCAUCAUCUUCAAACAGCAUGUGUGAGCUCUGGUUCAUAACAUUUGUGCCAUGUUUAUAAAUCAGUUUUUUAUAUUUUUGUACUGAAAGAAAUUGGAGCACUUUAGAAAAGUUGAUUUCAAAUUCCAUUUCUGUCUGUAGCCGGAAGGAGAUCUCUCGUGGGUGUAGAUCCUGUUGGCAUAACUGCGUGCAUCUCACUCAGAGCUGUGAACUCUCUUGACACUCUUUAGUCUUAGGUCUGGUUUCUAGGCCCACCUUGCACUGUAAAGAUUUAAUAAAUAAUCAUGGUCCAUGGUUAAAUUGACCAUUUUGUUGGGGAAGAGUUUGGUUUUGUUUUUUCGUUAGGGUGUAAACAUUGUAAAUAUUUCCUUUACUGUUGAUACUGCAGUAGCAACAUCUUUGUAGUCUUUAUUUUAUUUGUAAAGUUGAUGGUUAAAUGUUAAUAUUCUGUUGAAUUGUGCACUCUUGAUUAAUUGUAAACAUGAUCUUAGCACACCAAAUGAUGAUUUUUACAAUGAUUGCAAUGUUUCUCCACUGAAGGAUUUCAGAGCUGCAAUAGGACUGAAACCAACUUCUAGCAAUAAAAAAAAAGAACAUUUAAAAAC